CUUACUUGGCUUAUUGCUAGAGUCAAACAUGAGGCACACAUAUGACAAUGGUCAAUCCAGCAUGGGGAUGACAAUUGAAGAUGUCAUCGAGGAGUGCAAGACGUUCUACUUUGCAGGAAUGGAGACAACAUCAGUACUACUCACGUGGACCAUGAUCGUUCUAAGCAUGCAUCCGAAGUGGCAGGACCGUGCAAGGGAGGAGGUCCUAGGUUUAUUUGGGAAAAACAAACCUGAAUACGAAGGUCUAAACCGACUUAAAAUGGUGACCAUGAUCCUUUACGAGGUUCUUCGGUUGUAUCCUCCAAGCAUUCAUUUUAGCCGGAAGACAUGCAAGGAGGUGCUAAUCGGAGACAAAAGGUACCCAGCUGGCAUGAUGAUUGAGCUCUCCGUACUACUCAUGCACCAUGACCCUGACAUUUGG